UCCGUUACGUAAGCGGGGAGUGACGUUCUGGAAGGUUCGCGGCCGCUCUCAGUCGGCGCUCGGUUCGCUGUAGGGGCGGCCGCGUUUGCGUGGAGCUCUGCGGGUUCGGAUCCCGGCGCUUUCUCCGGGCUCGGCCGUUCGCUAUGGGCGUGACUCACGAAGCGGGGCUGUCACCUCGGGCGCCGCCGUCGGAGCAGGAUCCGUGCGGGGGGGGCGCGGCUGCGUGCAGCGGGAGCGCCGUCGGGUCCCACGGAAGUCAGCAGCGCGGGUGUCCGGCGGCCCCCAGCGGAACAGAGACUGGAUAUUGCAGAACAACAAUAAAAACAGAAUCAGGUCCUGAAAGUACCUGCAAGGAAGAAGUGGUGGCCAGGAAGAGCAGCGAUAUGGCAAACUUCAUGGAUGAUUUGACUCUCAAUUCACCAAAGAAAACAGAGAAUUGUUUGAGAUCCAAGAGAAGCUGCGAUAGGUCAUCAUCAAGGUCAUCCAGUCGGUCCUCCUGCAGCUCCCAGUCCAGUUCCAGUACGUCGUCUUCAGCUUCCUCCAGGAGCUGGAGCCGGUCCAGAUCCAGGUCUAGGGAUCGAAGGUACAGAUCCCGAAGGUACAGAAGAUACUCCCGUUCCUAUUCCAGAAGCCGCUCGAGAUCUCGUGGCUACACGAGAUACAGAGGAAGGUACCACUACAGGAGGUACCACCACACCCCUCCGAGGUACAGAUCACGCAGUAGGUCGUGGUCCCGUGGAAGAUCCUAUUACAGAAGGUCCUAUUCAAGAAGCAGGUCACGUUCAAGAGGCAGAAGAAGCUAUGGGUUUGGGAGGACGGUGUAUCCUGAAGCUUACAGGAGCUGGAGAAGCAGGUCACGAACAAGGUCUCGGAGUAGGUCACCUCUGCACCUGAGUGAGAAAGAAAAGAGGGAACUUCUGGAAAUUGCGAAGGCUAAUGCUGCAAAAGCUCUGGGAACAGAAAACAUAGUCUUGCCUGCUAGCUUGAAGAUCCGUACUGCUGCUAAGGAGAGCAGCAAUAUUAAAAAAGAACACGAAGACUCUGGGGAUUCAGAUGAGCAACCCAAAGGACUGACAGAAGUCAUAACCAAAAGUGGGAUGGAGAGAGCAACUGCACGGAGCAUCUCUUUCAGCCCUAAUAAUACAAUGGCAAAACCAGUACAACAGAAGCCAGCAAGCCAUAUUGUUAAAGAGCCAUCAAUUUCUCCAGGAAGAGAAGAUGACAGAAAGGGAAGUCCCUAUGGGCAGUGGGUUCCUGUCAAGAAGGAGGAGAAAAAGUUCCUAAACUUCUCACCCAAAUGUACGCUGUUCAGAGCACGCUAGGAUAGCUCACUGUUCUCAGACUGCAGUAUAACAACACCUGGGUAGUGAGGUCUGAAGUUUUCUGAUCAGCUUGAGGGCUUGUUAAUGUUGAGUAUUUAUUUUGAUAUCUUUAAUUUUGGAAUCUUAGGUUUCUCUUUCAGAUGUAAAGCACAGUGAUCCAGAAGCUGGAUGGAAUCUUGUGUAUAUUUGUAAAUAUUUUUGUAUUGCUUUAAUGGACUAGAACUGAACAGGUGGGUAAUUUUUUUCUAAAGAAUAGCUCAGUAGCUGUUAAUUUGAACAGUUAAAUUACAUUGUGUAACUGUUUACUUCAAGUAAAUAAACUUCAGUUUUGCACUGGCA